CUCCGUUCAUGUAACCGCGCAUUUCAAGCAAAGCUUCACUAACUUGUAUAUUAUAUACAAUUUUGUUUUGUAAUACCCAAUGGCGAGCCGAAGUGGUCAAUUUUGAUGCAGUUGCUAGACUUGACCCCGUGACUGUGGCGCAGAAUUUCAUGCUAAAGCCUGACCUCUUGGCUCUUUUGAUCACAUUUUAUUAACAUCAUAACUUUGUUAUAAGUAAAAAUAGGAUGGUGGUGGUGCUACAGGAAACUCAAUAUCUUCUAAAUCAAUCAUGUGCUAUUACAAAGGAAACAUGAUGGACUCUAGUACAGAAUUAAUUAGUCUAGACCCCAAAGAAAUACCGUGUGAAUGUGAAAUAAUUAUUUACAGUCGAUUUUCAAUCAACCAAUUGUCUGUAAUAGAUGUUGAUAAAACGUUCCUCAAAUUAGUGACAGACUUAAAUAAACCUGUGAUUGUGACCCUUUCACGAGAAGGUUUUUACACGGAUUGGGGUAUAAUAUUGGGUCCUGAUGGCAAUGCAAAAGACGCAAAAGUCUUAUGUGAUUUCGCAAAGGAAAACAAGAUAGCAGGAUACCUUUUAGAAGGGCUUACGCCAGAAUGCCUAUAUAGACCAUUCAAUGACAAAAUUGCACAAUAUAUUAUACCAUAUAUAAAACAAUUAUCAGAAUGUAGUUGUCCUGGAUUCAUAAUCGGUGUUGCUGUAGAUGCACAUGGAUCAUCUAUUAAGAACCCAUGUAUGUAUAAUUUUGCAGCAAUGAACGAUUUCGUAACCUUCUAUGAAAUAAAAACAUAUUUAUUGAAUGGAUGCGACCCUAGUAUAUACAACGGCAUAACUCCAAUUACAAAAUUCGAUCAUGGUGCCAAAUACUUAUAUGGGAUGGAAGAAGUGGCAUCAAUUCUAAAGGAAUCGAAAAUAUGUCUUACAAAAAUUGUCUAUGAUAUUGAAAUGUACCCAGUAGACCCUGCAUCCGAAACUUUUACUUCAUAUUCACAAGUGUGCAAAGGAGAGUUUAAUUGUUCAUCAUGGUGUAUACAAACUACAAACAAUUUUUUUGAUAAGGGAAAAUUUGCACUAGAACAAGACAGUGGAAUAAUUGUCAAGUUUGUGGAUCUCGAUGACAUUAAAAACGAAUGUGCUUGUAGUUCAUCGUUUAUCGGAUUUAAAAACAUAAUUGCAGGCUUCCGCGGUGGUUCACAAAUAACAUGUGCGAAGUAUGAUGUUCAAUCAACUCCAAAUUCAAUUAAAUAAUCAGCUAUUUCAUUAACUGUUAAAUAUGUACAAUGUAAACCCAAAUUCAAAUAUUGUUUAGCAUUGUCCAAACAUACAAAAUUUAAAAAUAUUUUGUAAGUCAAAGACACAAUGCUGUUUGAGGUAUUUUUUAUUCAAUCAGUAGCGAAUUUAGUUACAGGCCAUAGUUUUUAUAUAACAUUUCUGCAUAAUAUAUAGGAAAUAAAAAAUGAA